AUGCCGGUAGUAAGUUGUCUCGCCAGCAGACAGCCCGCUGCCCUCAGCAGCCGGGACCAGGCUUGGGCAGGAUGGUGCGUUGUAGAAGACAAGAACUCGAAGGUGGCCUGGUUGAACCGCUCUGGCAUCAUUUUUGCUGGGCAUGACAAGUGGUCUCUGGACCCCCGGGUGGAGCUGGAGAAACGCCAUUCUCUGGAAUACAGCCUUCGGAUCCAGAAGGUGGAUGUCUAUGAUGAGGGUUCCUACACUUGUUCGGUUCAGACACAGCAUGAGCCCAAGACCUCCCAAGUUUACUUGAUCGUGCAAGUUCCACCAAAGAUCUCCAACAUCUCUUCGGAUGUCACUGUGAAUGAGGGCAGCAACGUGACCCUGGUCUGCAUGGCCAAUGGCCGUCCUGAACCUGUUAUCACCUGGAGACACCUUACACCAACUGGAAGAGAAUUUGAAGGAGAAGAAGAAUAUCUGGAGAUCCUUGGCAUCACCAGGGAGCAGUCGGGCAAAUACGAGUGCAAAGCUGCCAAUGAGGUCGCCUCGGCCGACGUCAAACAAGUCAAGGUCACUGUGAACUAUCCUCCCACUAUCACAGAAUCCAAGAGCAACGAAGCCCCCACAGGGCGACAAGCUUCACUCAAAUGUGAGGCCUCGGCAGUGCCUGCGCCUGACUUUGAGUGGUACCGGGAUGACACCAGGAUAAACAGUGCCAAUGGCCUUGAGAUUAAGAGCACGGAGGGCCAGUCCUCCCUGACAGUGACCAACGUCACUGAGGAGCACUAUGGCAACUAUACCUGCGUGGCUGCCAACAAGCUGGGGGUCACCAAUGCCAGCCUAGUCCUUUUCAGACCUGGGUCGGUGAGAGGCAUAAACGGAUCCAUCAGUCUGGCCGUACCACUGUGGCUGCUGGCAGCGUCUCUGCUCUGCCUUCUCAGCAAAUGUUAAUAGAAUAAAAAUUUUAAAAUAAUUUAAAAAAAAAAAAACAACACACAAAAAUGCGUCACACAGGAUACAGAGAGAGAGCAAGCGAGAUGGGGGGAGACUGUUUAUUUCACAACUUUGUGUGUUUAUAACUGAAGGGGCAAGUAAGAAAAGGGAGAGGAAAAUACGACACUUAGAACCAUUUUCAAGUCCAUCAGUAAACAUCUGAGUGCAAUUCAGGGUGGGAAAAGCUCUACCAGGCUAUAGGAAUGUCUGAGCAGGUGUGUGAAGACCACAUCGCCUAAGGACACCCAGGUGUAAACACAGGACAAGGGAAGCAGUACCCGAUGGAUAGUAACCCCCACACACGAUCCUUCCUUCAUCUUCUUUCAUCAUGAGGGGGAAAAAAAAGAAAGGUCUUGCCUUUGGUGUGUAUAUUUCCAUCAACUCUUUACUCUGUUCUUCAUCGGAGCCGACUCGUAACCAUUUCAGACUAUCCAUGGAAUCCAAGCUGGAGUCCUGUGUUGAGCCUUUAUCUGGCUUUUCUGCCUCCACUAUCCCCAGCUCCUAAGACCAUCUCCUCCCCCUCCGGUGUGUCCUAUCUCCCCCCACUCUUCCCACGUACCCCCUCUUAUCUCCAUGCCCCGCCUCUCUUCACUCCCACCACCCCGAGCGCCAGGAAGAGCCACUGCAACCUCCCCGCUGUGUGUGCUCGCGUCUCUCGCUCUCAUGUGGGUGUACAUGUGUGUGCGCGUGUGUGUCUCUCUCAAGCAUGCCAAGGGAAUGGUCCAUGUGUACAUAGACUUUGUGCUGUAGAUACUGUCCCGCAUUGUAAUUGUGAGACGCGGCUGUGACACUUUGCUGGGGGACACGGUGGGGAAGGGGGCCCGGAGCAGAGGCCCUUCCCCACCCGUGGCUGUCCCACGACAUCGGUGUGUGUUCAGACCACGCUGUGCCCCUUCCAAGGGCAGAACUUCAUCUUUCUCCUAGUCCAAUCAUCAGAACCCAGUCGAGAGUCACUCAGAAAAUCACUGUCAAUGAAAGUGCCUACUAUUGAUGGGGUGAGCAAACGGUAGAGAGAAUUGGUGACGCGGUGAGGCGGCCUAGGAGAGAAGGUUUCUGAUUUCACUCUUGUUCCACGAGCCUGAGGGACUCGUAGACCCGCUGGCUUGCUGCGGGCUGGGCCCUGCCCUGCUGCAGGGUGAGCGGCAUGUGCUGAGUCAACCCCCAGAAGCAGGAAGGUCUCCGAGUGGUAACUCCCAGGGGGAAGGUGAGGAGCCAUGUGAAGAUCCUAAGCAGCCCUGUUUUGCCCCCUCCCCAGUCUUCAAAUAACCGUGCAUUCGCCCCAUGGAUUCCCCUGAGCAGAGAUUGUUUCCCAUCUGAGCGAAGCAGGAAAGAUGGACAGAUACUCAGAUCCUUACUCAAAUUGUAGAGAUGCCGACAGAGCUCUGAUUGACCGUAACAAAACGGAAUCCUCUCCUGUGCUCCUUUGCAGACCUUUGUCUGGCGUUCUAGGCUAAGACUCUACGUAGUUGCCCAUAUUCUCUCCCUCCUGUUCCACUGCUGGUGUUGGAGCACCACUGAUCAUAGCAGUCUAUCCUUACCUUAGGCCAGGCCACUAGGAAUUGAGUUAUAUUCCAAUUUCCCUGCUCACUUUUGGCUUCUAGUCUCCUGGAAAAGAGACGGUGGGGAAUAUGCUGUUUAAGUCUACAUCUGCAAGCAUCAUCUUGCCAUUAACACUGAAAUGCAAGUUAGUGUCUUAACCAAGAGAGCCAGGAAAUGUAAUAAUUCACCCAGGAGUUGUAUGCUUGCCACAGAGCUUGGCAUUGUCACAACACUGGGAGGAUUUUCUUGGGGAAGGCCUUGCAGAGGGAGCUGGCUCUGUGUGUGUGGAUAGCUUUGUCAGGAAAUCAACCCUACUGAAGUUGAUUGGAAGUCAUUGGAAGUGACUCAGUUUGUGGAAGGACAGAGGAUUAUUAUUGAAGUCAUAAUUGAAAGUAUUUUAGCAGAGCCAAAUAUGGUACCUCACCAAGUUUUGAAAUCUGAAAAAUAGCUCUUAUGUGAUAUAAAACAGGAAACUCCGUAACUGAAAAUCAAAAAAGGAAGAGAGGUAGAAAGGAAAGAAGGGAUGGAGGGUGGGAGGAAGGAAGGAAGGGACAGAGAAAGGAAGAGGGGCAGAAAGGGAAAAAUUCCUCCUGAUAGACUUUAUUAAUUAAAGGCUCUUUGCAAUGAGUCUAUGAGCAUAACAAUCUCCUUGAUGAGCAGGAUUUUUCAUCUCUUCUGAGAGAUUCUACUGUUUGUUUUAGAAGUUUAUCACCAGCCUUCUUUUAUGAUUUUUCAGUUAGAACAUGAAACAGAAGAACAAAUUAGGGUUGGGUAUCAGAAAGAGUGUUUGUGGCAAAUCCUGCUUUAGGACAGGUAACUACUAAAAUACAGGGGAGGUUGGCCAUAUCCCUAGGCAAUGUCAACUUACUGACAAUCAGGGUUUCUCUAAAGUCUGGUCUUAGUACAAGAUUAAAAGUUAUCACCCUUGGUGAGAAAUGUUCCCCAUAUAUAUGAAGACCCAGCCAUGCCCUUAAGUGGAAGCUUUAGAGGAGUACAUGAUAAUGUAAAGAUACGUAAGAGAAAAGUAACAGGAGUUAAUUCAGUUUAGGAUCCGUUUCAGGAACAGGUCCCAGGUAUGUCCCAGAUUUUAAUCAUACACCUAGAUCUUUUAUUGUUCCUGCCCUAUCACAAGGAUAAGGUCUUGGUUUUAUGGAAGGAGAUUCUCCAUCGAAAGGAAUGUCUUUGCCAUGUCGGCACCAUUUGUUCACUGAGUUUUAAUAUAAUGGACCAUAUAUUAAACAUGAUUAAACAUAUAUUGAAUAUUGUGGUGUUUGCCUAUAUCUCUGGCAGGAUCUGGGAAUUUUAAAAAUUCGUCCUAGCCCCUGGUUCAGAGCAAACAUUGACCCAUAAAUCUUGUAGGUUUGAGAAUGUUUCUAAGCAACAUGAAGAAUGGGGAAUACAGACUGGAGAAAGAUCAGGAAAAAAAAGGUAGAAGCCAGAGAACUAUCACCAAGAAAUUGAAUCUAAACAUGGGAUUUCUUGGAAUUUAGUUCCUCGGUGCAUCAUACUGCUAUAAAUCCCCUCAAGAAUCUUGUCCAUUAGUAAUCACAGCUUAAACCCUGAACCCACUGGUUAGAAACAAUUCAGGGGAGUGAAAUGCAUCCAUUAAUCUGAGUGGCUAACAGGUUUAAUGUUCAUCUGCAAAAUGAAACAUCACCAUUUCUAAAACAAAAUCUUUAGACUCGAUUUCCAGUUAAAAAGGCAGAAAUAACCUUGACCCAGGGCACUUUUUGAAGAAUGAAAACUAAUCCUAGGUUUUUCAACUGCAGAAUUACCUCCUCUGAACAAUUGCUCAUCAGAAGGUUUUUGUCUUACUUGAUUUGAGACCUGACAUGGCUCUGCCCUGAAAGAACUGAGACUUACGGGAAAGGCGUUGACUUUCUGUUGGAAAGAAUCAUCCCAUUGACCUUUGCCUUCUCUCCCAAGUCAGACAGACUCCUCCCUUGUCAUGGGCAUUUUUUUAAACUACAUAUUCAGACAACUGGGGCUAUUCAUAGAGACCUUGUAAAAGUACUCGUGAUUUUCAUGUUCUUGGAGGACAGAAACAGAAGUCUGCUUCUCCUCCAAAAAUGGACUUACCUCCUUUGCACACAAAAACUAAACUCCUCAGCAUGAGAUUGUGUCUGAGUUAUCACCCACCAAGUCGGUAGCCUCUUACCUACUCCAGAGUCACAGUUUCCAUCCCCAGGUUGGUUGUGGUUUGACUGUUUCUAUUGGUUUGUCUCCCAGAAUUUCUAUUUUGCUUUUUGCAGGCCUUGAAUUAUUUGUGAAAAAUAAUAUAUGUGUGUGUGUACUACUUUUAAUCUUAUCUUUACCGAUGCUAUAUUCACAAUAUUAUGUGUAUGAGAAGACUCUAGAAUAAUGGUUUAAACUUAGAGAGAAGAAAAGCACUGAAUUUGGUUUAAAAAAAAGGAGCUGUGUUUUGUUUAGAAAGACAUGGAGCCCCAUUUUUUCCCCAUUUGUUUAAAAGCAAUUUGCUUACGUACCAUGUCCCAUGGGAUUCACCAUGGCCAUGCAUUUCUCUUCAUCUUCAUAACUUUUUAGCUUAGAGUUAGUCUUGGUUCUCAAUAGCUAUCAUUUUUAUAGAAAUAAGUGUAAUGCAAUAUCUGACCCAUAAAAACUACUAUUAUUCUGGGACAAAUGUUAAAUAUACCAUAAAAAUAAUGAGAUAAGACCCUGAGUUAAGAAAUGCAAAUCAGUUUAAAAAGCCUCCUUCUUUCCUAAGUAUUUAAAAUAUUUCUCCCCCAAAGACUGCCUUUGCCCCAGUGAUGUAAAUUCUCCACCAGGGUUGGCAUAAUGUCUGUAAACAUCUCCCUAAAUGCAAAACGGGGUUUCCUAGCGGGAGAGAAGCAGACCAUUCUCAUUUGCAUGUAGCUCUGCUUGGGACGCGGCCAACUGCAGUUCAGGGCAGGGCCUUUCACCCAGCAACGCGUCGCUUUCCUCCCGCCCGGACGCUGGUGUUAACAUUACGUUCAGGUUUAAUAUUACACCAGCGCAAAUGUUUAUGGAUAUUAUGGAAAACUUAUUUUAAAAUCUUGAUUUCCUUUCAGCGUAUUUACAUACUGUGUGCUGAUUAAUAAAUUAGGCACCAAUCAUGUGUAAAUCAAUGUAAAUCACUAGUUUAUGUACAUAAUACAAACUAUGUAAACUUCGGUUUUCAGGCAGGGCCCAAGUUCAGCUAAACCUAGGAAUCUUAAAGAGAAAAAAAAAAAAAAACAAGAUAAAAAUAAAUAAGAACCAAAACAUUUCAUAAGUCAAAAUGGGAAGAAGUAAGACUAAUGGUCCAGACUCGAGGUUGUCCCACAAAGGAAGCAGGCCCAAGGGGAACUGUUCGGGCUUCAUAUCCUGCUCAAGUCACAGGAAGCCACCUCUUUGUUCCUUGAGGACUAAAGUGCAGUUUCUCCCAACUGUUUCCACAAUUUUCUCACCUGAUCCCAAAGCAAGGGAAAUGACGAGACAGGGAGGAAGGGUUGUGAGGGCUCAUGUGCCUGCUGCAUUAACUCCAAAUGUCUUCUUGUUACUUCUCACUUACCAUCUAAGACGUCUUAGUGAAAUAGCUCCAGAGAAGUCCCCUACACCUUGAUGAACAAAAUAUUAGUUUUUCUUUUCCAUCCAUCAAAGACAUUGGGAAAACCUCUUUGUCAUCUUAAUCCUAAGAAAUUGUGGAAUAUAAGAAAUGCAUGAUAUCUUUGAGAAAUACCUUGCUAAGGCACCCUAGGAAAUAACUACUUUUACCUAAUCCAUAGACCUCUAUUUCUACGUAUCUACCCUGAAUAUUGCAAAUGAGGUCAAAACCAUUUUAAUCGGGAGCAUCUCUCUCAGACACGUUCUCUUGGAUUCUUUUUGAAAUGUCUGAUGUGUUUAACAGACAUAUAGGCUUUUUCUAAAAUCUAAACAACUGAUAACAUAAAGAGUCAUCAAGGAGAUGACUUCAAGGAUCACAUGACUUUUCUGAAAGGACUGUUAUAGAAAGAAAUUUAGGUCAAGUGAAUAGUUCGCUUAAAAUACACUCCUCAACCCAAGAUACAUGACAACUUUAGAGUGAGGUGGAAAGUGUGCUGGAUCUAUAGUCAGGAGAAUUGGGGCCUAAGCCUGGGUCUGGCCACAAACAAGCCAGGUGCCCUUAAGCAAGUCCUUUAACCUUCCUGACUCUUGGUUUUCUCAUUCUGAAAGUGAGGAAUUUGAGUGACUUCUCUAAAACCUCUGUCAGCUCUAAGCUCUCUGACGCUGAAUAAGAAUUCAGUGCUCUCGCAGUGCUCUGCCCAGUGAGACGUUCCAAGCAGCUGUUUGGCAUCUCUAGUUUGGUCUCUGGACUGUCUUCUCCUCACAACCAUCAUUCCAACAUCUUCAUUUCAAAAGCCAAAUCUUCCUAGAAUAUAAGAUCCCUGGCCUGCUUCUGUAAUUCUCUUCUGAUCGAAACUUCUUAGCAAUGUUGAAAAGGGACACGUUCAGACUAAACUGAAGGCACUUGAAAUAGCUAGAGUUGUUUCCUUAUUUAUCAUAAAAACUAACCCUUGAACUACAUUUUAAUAACCUUUCAUAGGAAGGGAAAUAACCAGAUUGGGUAUUGGGCAUGUUAGUAAGUGAGGAAGUUGUGCAUAUGAAAGGAAACAUCAGUUUUCUCUGAUCCCGGGCCAAGAGCCUCACUGUGGUCAAUGUAUGUCCUUGAAAACACUUUGCUAGUGCUGGUGAUAGAAAGCACGUGGUCCCAGGCAGGUUCCAUGAGAAAAGGGCAAGAUAACAUAUUCUGUUUUGGAAGGAAUUUCUUAUGGCAUAAGUUUUCCUAAACUUGACUUACAGUCUAUGAAGUCAAGACAGUGUAUGGAGAGAAAAUAAACCUCAUUUUCAAAAAGUACAAGUUGAUAUCAUCUAAAGAAGACAAGUUGAAAAUAGGACAGAAAUGAACACAUUUUAGGAGGUUACAGAGCUGAAUGUAGUAAGCGUUGUGAAGGCCAAAAACCAAAUAUGAAAGUUAAGUUCUCCGAGAGGAGGGUAAGCAGAAAGGAUGGUUUCUCAGGUGGUUGAUGAGGAACUACUUUCUUGUGCCAUGUACUGGAUGGAUUGAGCACAGGCCCAUUUGUCUUGUCCCAUCAAAGUAUAGCCCCCCACUAUCCUAGAGGCUCAAUUCAACAUCUGUCCAAUGGUAGCUUUCCAUGCAUUGCUUAAGAGAACAGAAAGAAUGGGAGUCUCCUGUAACUGAAGAGCAGGGAUUGCACAUAACUUUCCAGCAUUACUAUCACUUUACGUAGCUAAGGAAACACCAUGUACUUCGAGUACUUACAAAGCUCUCCUUGAGCGGGGGAAUGACCUGUGCACGGGACAGCUCCCCAUUUCCAUGGGUAUUUCAGAGGUGCCUCCUUCUGAGUGGUGCUCCUGGAUCUGCUCCUGCAGCUGCGUUCUUCUCUGCACAAGCCCUCCCUAUGUAAAGCCAGGCCCAGUGUUCAAAUCUGCUUCUUGCAAAUGGAAAUACCUGGAACUACUAGCUUCAUGACACGUGGCAGUAAUUCUAAGCUAUCUGGAGCCUUUUUGAACCCACUUCCUUAAGUCUUCGCUCUUCACCAGAGAAUGUAAAUGGUUCAUCCUGGUGAAUUAUGGCCAAGCUCUGCAACCUAAGUAUUUACUGGGAGUGGGGGAAGGUUGAAGGGAGGAAAUUACCGGGGGAGAGAAGCAUGGGAGAACACCUCCAACUCCCUCCCGCCGCCCCCAGUGCUUCACCCCUUCCUUCUCACUGCUGUACUGAAUGGUGUAUAAAUCCUGCUCUUGGUUAGAAUUCUCCUUAUUAACAGUGUUAUAUACAUAUAAAUAUAUAUAUAAAUAUAUAAAUAUAUUCCUUUUUUCAACCCUGUAGACAUAAACAGUACUUUCCUUGAUAUAAACACAUGGCCAUUUUUUGUUUGUGUUAUUUUUGGUUGUUCGAGGUUUUUAAUUUUUGUUUAAUGGGUGGAUUUUUCCCCUGGAUAAUAGCUCUGUGAAGGAACAUAAAAAGCGCAGUGUGUGUAAAAAAAAAAAAAAAAUUAAAAUUGAAAAAAGCUUUUUCCCUUUUCUUUUUCAAUGUAUUUAAAUUCUGUUUCUCUCUUCUGUUACUUUACACGUAUGAAUGCUCUGCUCUUCUGUGAUCUUAAAACAAAAUGAAAUAAACGUGAAAAGGAGAUGUGUCUUCA